AUGGUGUCACAGAUAUGGGAUAUGCUUUUUUCUCGGAAGCUUGAGACGGCGGUCGAAGGAGAGUUGCCGACGAAGCUGGAGGCAGUCCACAAUUCCGGCGGUCGCGUAUCCAUCUCACCGGAGAUGCGUUCGGUAAAGUGUACUGGUCUUGGCGUUGACGACGACAUUGGCGUUGUUCAGGCGAACAAUCCGGCUCCGACGAAGUGUUUGGGUUACUAUUUCGAGGUCUUGGUGAAAAAUGCCGGGCUUAAUGGACACGUCGCGAUUGGUUUCACGACGAAAAACGCGGAGGUUACGAGGCGACCCAGAUGGGAGGACUGUAGCUGUAGCUACCAUGCUGAUACAGGACUCAUACAUUGUGCACAAGAACAUGGUCACACUAAUAGAACUACAUACUCUACCAAGGAUACUGUUGGAGUUGGUAUAAACUACGCUUCUGAAGAGUUCUUCUUCACGCUUACUGUCAACUUUGGACAGGAAAUGUUUGCUUUUGACUUUAAGAUGGGACGCUCGGUCAACUUGCUUAUGGUUGGAAAAACCGGCAACGGAAAGAGCGCUACGGGUAAUACAAUAUUAGGAAAAAUGGCUUUCAAGUCCAAGAGAAGCACACUUGGUGUGACAAGGGCUUGUGAGACACAAAGACAUGUCGUUAAAGAUUCGAUUCUAAUGACUGUAAUUGACAGUCCUGGUCUUUCUGAUUUGUCUCUAGAAAAUUGUUAUAUAAGGGAAGAAAUACAGAGGUCUACUCAACAAGGCAUCGACGCUGUCCUCCUAGUCUUCUCAUGCAGAUGCCGUAUAACUAUAGAGGACGAGAAAGUAGUGGCGUGCUUGAAAGAGAUACUGGGCAGCAACGCUACAGACUAUAUGAUAGUAGUAUUCACUGGUGGAGAUGAAAUGGAAGAAUCCGGAAUAACUUUGGAGAGUUAUCUAGCAGCUGAAUGUCCCAAUUUCCUGAAGGAAACGAUUGAGCUCUGUGACAAAAGACUCAUGCUGAUAGACAACAGAAGCACAGAUGAAAUGAAGAAAAGGGAUCAGCUUGAAGAGCUCCUUCGUCUUGUGGACUUGGUCGCUCAGAAAAAUGUAAAACCAUACACAGGCACUGAGGUGGAUUUCAUGAAUAUGGUGGGGAGAGAAGCUGGUGGGGAUCCUAACGAAAGAAGUAACACAGAGAAGCACGCUUUGGUGGAGGGCCUGGAGGCUGAUGCGAGAGACUCAGAGAAGAAGGUUGUGACUACGGAAUCAGAGAGACAGAUGGAUGAUGUUGAGAACACGUCGUGGUUGCCAAUGUCAGUGAUUGCGGUUGCAGCAGUGGCGGGAGCGACUCUUCUAUGCUACCUUUACCACACCGCUCGAUGA